GGAGGGAGAGAGAGAGAAACAAAGGGAGAGAGAAAAAUAUAGAAUUAAAAUCAGAAAAGAAUCACAGAUAUAUCCAAGAUUUCAAACUAAUGUAAGAAAUGAUGAAAAACUAUAUGCCAAAAUAUCUGAAAACUUAGGUAUAUAGACAAAUUCCUGGAAAGAUUGUUUUAAACGGAAAAAUUGCACAACAUCCAGUAGACUUUCAGAAAGAAACAACAUUAAAGAAGAUAAAAUGGGGAUCAAUUACCUCUUCCCUUCCCUAUUUCUCCUUUCCAAAUGCUAGUGUCAAGCAGUAGAGUUCUAAGAAAUUUUCAUAGAACAUAGAAAAAGAAGUAGCACUAAUUCUAUUUAUGAGACAAGAAUAAUCUUAACAGAGCAUCCACCAAAGAUAAUACAAGAAAAUUACAAACCAAUUCCACUUAUGAAAAUACAUGUAAAAAUCCUGAAUAUUAUCUAAUUGAAUCCAACAGUGUACUUAAAAAUUGCAACAUGAUCAAAUGGGAUUUAGCAUAGUAAUGUGAAGAAACAUUGAAAUUAGUCAUGUUAAUGGGCUAUAGUAGAUAUUUUGGAUAGUUUUCUCAAUCUCCAUUUCUCCAAAUAUUUAAAGAGUUUGCAAAACUUAAAAAAAUAUAUCUUUCUAGAUCUUUGCAGCUAGGGUUCUGGAUAAGAAUCAGGUUCUACCAACAGAAUACACACAAGUGAGAUUUAGAAGGUGAAAAUGAGUUGGAUGGUGUUCAGCUGUAGUUAUGGUCUAUUGCUGCUAGCAAGCAAGUUUUGUAAACAUGCAGCUUUCUGCAAAGGUAUUCCACUGUCCAAAGGUAAGGAUAACCAGCCACAUUCUUUGUUUAUUGCAAUCAUAUUUGGAAACUGAUGCCUAUUAAGACAGUUUGAUACAAGGAGCUGUUGCCAAAGAAGUUGAAAUAGUCUCAGUUUCCUGUGAGUAGAGAAACAAUGGUCAUGGCAGUGCUUCUUCAUCUGAAUUCAUGCUUUGUAAUCUCCUGUUUGCUGUGUUAGAUACUCAUUUGCUAUCUUUGGUGUAAAAGACUGUUGUGGCAGCAGCUUCUAUAUUUUAAAGUUUUUAUUUAAAUUCCAGUUAACAUACAGGGUAGUAUUAUUUUCAGGUGUAUAAUAUAGUGAUUCAACACUUCCAUACAUCACCCUGUUCUCAUCACAAGUGCACUGUCAUAAUUCUCAUCACCUAUUUAACCCAUCCCCCACCCACCUGCUUUCUGGUAACCAUCAGUUUGUUUUCUAUAGUUAAGAGUCUGCUAAGAUUAUGCAUUAUGUGUGCAUAAAAUUAUGCAUAUGAGAAUGCAUAUUUGAGAUUAUCCAGUCUGAGAACAGAAAGAAAAAAAGAAUAAGCAAAAAUGAACAUGGUCUCCAAAACCUGUGAAACACUUUCAAACAUAUUGACACAUGCAUAAGGUGAGUCCCAGAAGAAAGGGGAGAGAAAGGUCAGAAGGACUAUUUGAAGAAAUAAUGGCCAAAAUCUUUCCAAAUUUGAUUAAAAAAAACCAUAUCAAUAUGCAAGUAGCAUAAUAGAAUCCAGAAGAAGGGAAAUAAUACAGAUUAGAGCAGAAAUCAAUGAUACAGAAACAAACAAACAAACAAACCCAGUAAAACAAUCAAUGAAACUAUAGAUGGUUUUUUGAAAAAAUAAACAAAAUUGAUGACCCCCUAGCCAGACUUCUCAAAAAGAAAAGAGAGAGGACCCAAAUAGAUAAAAUGACAAGCGAAUGAGUAGAGAUCACAACCAACACCACAGAAAUACAAACAAUUAUAACAAUACUAUGAAAUAUUAAAUACCAACAAACUGGACAGUCUGGAAGAAAUGGACAAAUUCUUAGACACACACUACUAAAACUCAAACAGGAAGAAAUAGAAAAUUUGAAUGGUCCAUAACCAGCAAAGAAAUUAAAUCUGUUAUCAAACCUCUCCCAACAAAUAAGAGUCUUGGGCCAGAUGGCUUCUCAGGUGAAUUCUAUCAGGUAUUUAAAGGAUAGUUAAUACUUAGUCUUCUCAAACUGUUCCAAAAAAUAGAAAAGAAAAGAAAGCUUCCAAACUUAUUCUAUGAAACCAGUAUUACCUUGAUUCCCAAACCAGACAAAAACCCCACUAAAAAGGAGAAUUACAGGCCAAUGUCUUUGAUGAACAUGGAUGCAAAAAUUCUCAACAAGAUACUAGUAAAUAAAAUCCAACAGUACAUUAAAGGAAUUAUUCACCAUGAUCAAGUGGUAUUUAUUCCUGGGCUACAGGGCUGGUUUAAUAUCCACAAAUCAAUCAACAUAUAUACCACAUUAAUAAUAAUAAUAAAAAGGAUAGAGAUACUUGGGUGGCUCAGUUGGUUAAGUGUCCGACUUUGGCUUAGGUCAUGAUCUCACGGUUCAUGAGUUUGAGUCUUGUGUCACACUCUGUGCUGACAGCUCAGAGCUUGGAGCCUGCUUCAGAUUCUGUGUUUCCCUCUCUCUCUGCCACUCACUUGCUCCCACUCUAUCUCUUUCUCUCUCAAAGAUGAAUAAACAUUAGAAAAAAAACCUUAAAGGAUAAGAACCAUAUGAGCCUUGUAAUAGAUGCAGAUAAAGCAUCUGACAAAAUACAGCAUCGUUUCUUGAUAAAAACCCUCAAGAAAGUACGGAUAGAAGGAACAUACUUCAACACCAUAAAAGCCAUAUAUGAAAGGCCCCCAGCUAAUAUCAUCAUCAAUGGGGAGAAACUGAUAGCUUUCCUCCUAAGGUCAGGAACACUACAGAUACGUCCACUCUCACCACUGUUGUCCACCAUAGUACUAGAAGGCCUAGCCUCAGCGAUAAGACAACAAUGAUAAAAAAAAAAAUAAAUAAAAGGCAUCCAAAUUGGUAAAGAAGAAGUCAAACUUUCACUCUUUGCAGAUGACAUGAUACUAUACGUGGAAAACACAAAAGACUCCACCAAAAAACUGCCAAAGCUGAUACAUGGAUUCAGCAAAGUUGCAGGAUAUAAAAUCAACAUACAGAAAUCAGUUGCAUUUCUAUACAACAAUAAUGAAGCAGCAGGAAGAGAAAUCAAGGAAUCCACCCCAUCUACAAGUACACCAAAAACCAUAAAAUACCUAGGAAUAAACCUAACUAAAGGUAUCAAAGAUCUACAGAGAGCUUAUGAAAGAAAUUGAAGACACAAAGAAAUGGAAAAACGUUCCAUGCUCAUGGAUUGGAAGAACAAAUAUUGUUAAAAUGUCAAUACUACCCAAAGCAAUCUACACAUUCAAUGCAAUCCCUAUCAAAACAACACCAGCAUGCUUCGCAGAGCUAGAACAAACAAUCCUAAAAUUUGUAUGGAACCACAAAAGACCCCAAAUAGCCAAAGUAAUGUUGAAAAAGAAAACCAAAGCUGGAACGAUUGCAAUUCUGGACUUUAAUCCAUAUUACAAAGCUGUAAACAUCAAAAUAGUAUGGUAUUAGCACAAAAAACAGACACAUAGAUCAAUGGAACAAAAUCGAGAACCCAGAAAUGGACCCACAAACGUAUGGCAAACUAAUCUUUGACAAAGCAGGAAAGAAUAUCCAAUGGUAUAAAAAUAGUCUCUUCAAGUGGUGCUGGGAAAACUGGACAGUGACAUGCAGAAGAAUGAACCUGGACCACUUUCUUACACCAUACACAAAAAUAAACUCAGAAUGGAUGGAAGACCUAAAGGUAGUCUGGAAACCAUCAAAAUCCUACAGGAGAAAACAAGCAACAAAUUCUUUGACCUUGACCACAGCAGCUUCUUAUUAGCUAUGUCUCCAGAGGCAAGGGAAAUAAAAGCAAAAAUGAACUAUUGGGAACUCGUCACGAUAAAAAGCUUCUGCUUUUUUAUCUGCUACUAUGCAACUGACGGAAUGGGAGAAGAUAUUUGCAAAUGACAUCAGAUAAAGGAUUAGUAUCCAAAAUCUAUAAAGAACUUAUCACACUCAACACACAAAAAGCAAAUAAUCCAGUGAAGUAAUGGGCAGGAAACAUGAAUAGACCCUUUUCCAAAGAAGACAUCUAGAUGGCUAACAGACCCACGAAAGGAUGCUCAACAUCAUUCAUCAUCAGAGAAAUACAAAUCAAAACCACAAGGAGAUACCACUUCACACUUGUCAGAAUGGCUAACAUUAACAACUCAGGAAACAACAGAUGUUGGCAAGGAUGUGGAGAAAGGAGAAGACUUUUGCACUGUUGGUAGGAAUGCAAACUGAUGCAGCCACUCUGGAGAACAGUAUGGAGAUUCCUCAAAAAAUUAAAAACAGAGCUACCCUACGAGCCAGCAAUUGUACUACUAGGAAUUUAUCCAAAGGAUACAAAAAUGCUGAUUCGAAGGGGCACAUGCACCCUAAUGUUUAUAGAGGCAUUAUUAACAAUAGCUCAAUUAUGAAAAGACCCCAAAUGUUCAUCAACUGAUGAAUGGAUUAAGAAGAUGUGGUAUAUAUAUACAAUGGAAUACUACUUGGCAAUCAAAAAGAAUGAAAUCUUGCCAUUUGCAGCAAUGUGGAUGGACCCAACUGUAUUAUGUUAAGUGAAUUAAGUCAGAGAAAGAAAAAUAUCAUAUGAUUUCACUCAUAUGUGGAAUUUAAGAAACACAAUAGAUGAACAUAGGGGAAGGGAAGGAAAAAUAAGAUAAAAACAGAAAGGGAGGCAAAUCGUAAGAGACUCUUAAAUACAGAGAAUAAAUUGAGGGUUGCUGGAGGGUAUUUGGGUGGGAAGAUGGGCUAACCAGGUCCUGGACAUUAAGGAGGGUACUUGUUGGGAUGAGCACUGGGUGUUAUAUGUAAGUGAUGAAUCACAGGGUUCUACUCCUGAAACCAGUACUACACUGUAUGUUAAUUAACUUGAAUUUAAAUUAAAAAAAAAAUUUUUUUUUAUUUUUGAGAGACAAAGAGCAACAGAGAAUGAGCAGGGGAGGGGCAGAGAGAGAGGGAGACAGAAUCUGAAGCAGGCUCCAGGCUCUGAGCUGUCAGCACAGAGCCCCACGUGGGCUCAAACCCAGGAACUGUGAGAUCAUGACCUGAGUGGAAGUCGGAUGCUUAACUGACUGAGCCACCCAGGCGCCCCUAAUUAACUUGAACUUAAAUAAAUAUAUUUUACACUUGGUCUUAGCCAAAAGGCCAAGAAGUGAUAAAUAAAUAAAUAUUUUUAAAAAAGAAAAAAAGUGACUUUAGAUGUUUUUAGGAAAACCAAUCAGAGACAUUUCACAGUUCCUCUUUUCCACAGCUAGGUUUUCACUUCACUUUUACCCAUUUCUGGCUUCCUUCUGCAGCCGCUUUUUAAAAAUGUUUAUUUAUUUUUGAGAGACAGAGACAAGGACAGAGCACGAGCGGGGGAGGGGCAGAGAGAGAGGCAGACGCACAAUCCGAAACAGCUCCAGGCUCUGAGCUGUCAGCACAGAGCCCGAUGAAGAGCUCGAACUCACAAACCGUGAGAUCACGACCAAAGCAAAGUCGGAAGCUCAGCCAAUUGAGCCACUCAGGUUUUUUAAACCCCUUAACCUAUUUUCUGGCUGCUGGUGCUGUUACUUUGGGAAUUGGUUUCUUUGCUUUGGCAUCAGCUUUGUGGUUCCUGAUUUGCAAACGAAGAGAAAUAUUUCAAAAUUCCAAAUUUAAAGCAACUGAUGAGAGAUGCAGGCAAAGAUCAUCAAAGGCAAAGAUUAAAUCUCAUUCUCAGUGUGUUUUUAUUUCUCGAAACUUUCAUACUGGAGGAUACCAAUUACAGCAGGCACAAAGAAAAAAGGAAACAGCAUGUAUAAAAGCAAAUAGAGAUCACUCUAAAGAUGAAUUCUGCCUUGCAACAAAAAAGGUCAUUUGUGACCCUUCAGAGACUAGCUCGACAACACAUCCCAGCAGUGUUACUUUAAGCUUAUCGACACUACAAUCUGAUUCUCAUUACAGCCAAAGUAUAGACGCAGCUGAUGACUGGUUUUCUGACGAUACUCUAGCAAAAAAGAGCUCUCCAAUGCCUUUUCUCAGAGAACCUCUAAUGGAAAAAGUAUUUUCAUACCUGUCAACAAUUUCAUUAGAAGAAUGUACUGAAAAUGUACUGAAUAUGACACUUUAUGAUGAUCAGAAAGAUGACAGCAUUAAGGAAAUAUUUUCACGAAGAAAUGCAGAAGUUGAAAUACAAAAAUUUCAACAUAAUAUUGAAUGACUUUUUUCUUUUGAAACUUUGUGUACACUGAAAUCAUGGAAAGUUAAAACCAAAUUACCAGCUUCUGAGUCUCUUAAAAUGUCCAUACUAAUAUUACUUUUCUUAUUCCUUGCCAUAUAGUGGUCCUACUUCCCUUGCUGAUUCUUAUUUCUAGAAAUAAUUACAGGAAGAAUUAGAGUGACAUCAUGAACAUUAAGCUUAACUCCUUGUAUCUCAUCAAAAGAUAUAACAAAUAAUACAAAUGUAUUUCAACAUGCAGGAGAAUAAGAAAUCUUCAGCACAAAUAGAGUUUUGAAUAAAACACUCACAACAUUCCCUUACACUUUUGACAUUUUUAAUUUUAUUUCAAUGUGGGUAGGGCUGGGCAGAAUACUUUCAUCAGCUUUUCUGAAUUUUAAAUGCAUCAAUCACCUACAAUUCAACUUUUAUUUUGUCACGAUUUUGGUAAACAAUAUACUCAAUAUCUGUUGCUCUUCUAGCGGAGCCUGGAACACUGUGAAGAAUCCAGAAUAUAAUUUUUCUUUGCCCUCUCCUAUGUCUGCUUCUCAGAAUGGUUUCCUAAUCCUUACCCCACUGUGAUGAAAAUGUGGGCAUCUAUGUUCUUAAGCCUCUGAUUCAAGCUAGAUGAAUCAGAGUUCCUCUCUAAUCAGAGACCCUUGGUCAGAGUUCUGUGUUUGGUCCUGAGGGAUUUCUGACACCCACUCUGUAAUUAAUCUUUUUUUUCCCUCUUUAUCCUAAAUACUGUCCAUGUACUUAGUCCCCUUUUUCUUUCUUUGGGGAAAAAUUGCUAAAUAUAAUAUUAGCUUUUAUGCUUAAUUUACUCAUACCGACACUUAUGCAUAUCUUCCCAAGAGAUAAAUCAUACCUAUUACAAUAAAUGAAAAUAAACUUGUCUCAGUUAAGAUAGUAGCAUUACCCAGGCUGUCCCAUUACCCCUUUCUGUCCCAGGGGAAAUAGUAAAAAGGAUUAAAACACCUCUGUCUUCUAAACACCUUGUCAUUUCUACAAGUUAUCGGUUGUGAGAACAUCUAUCUAAUAUCUACCCCUACAUCUAAAUAAGCUAUUUCAGCUCAAUGUCUGUAAGGAAUAGCAUAUAUAUAAUUGUUCUCUGUCCCUUGGUGUCCUACCAACUUAUAUCUUACUGCCUAUCCCAGAAAAGUCAUCUCUAAUUUUGGUGAGAUGCUAUAACUUUCCUAUGAAUUUGGGGUUGGAGAUAAGAGAUUCUAGCUUUGAUCUCAUUAGUCUUUGGAAUAGAGGAAACAAACUGGGGAGCUGUGGGCUGCCAUGUCCUACCUUGUGGUUUGGGAAGAAAAAAACAGUAAAUCUGCUGUGAGAGAGCAGUGAAGCACUUGCAAAGUGAAAAGCAGACAUGAGAGGUCAGGAGAAUGUAAUUCCGGGCUUUCUAACAGUCCUCCAUUUCCUUGUUCCAGUCCUUCAUGAAGCCUGCCCUUGGCUUGGUAUGGCACACGUUAUCCUAAUAAUAAAUUAACCUAUUUUCUUAAGCUAGCAAGAUCUGACAUUUAUUAGUGUCCUGUUUUUAACUAUUGUUCUGGGCUUUGGCAAAGUACCUUGUAAUUUUAUAAUAAAUUAUUGUUUUUGCAUAAAGCAGAAAGAGCUUUGUUUCUGUUACUAUGACCAAAGCAUCCUAACCAAAUUCCUGUCAUUAUAAGUGAAAAAUAACUAUAUGUAUGCAUAUACAGCAAUUGUUAUAUUAUGAUAGAAUAGAUUGAAUUUUGUUUCUCAAAACCUAACACAUUUA